UUAAUUAAGAAAUUAUUUUAAUGAAUAGAUAAUAAUAAGAAGCUGCAAAUAUCUGUAAAAAUAUAUAGAUUAUUAUAUAUAUAGUAUUAAAGAGAGUAAGAGAUGCUUUGAAUGCAAGAGGUACAAAAACAAUUAGAAGUUUGGGAAUAUGUUUUAGAUGUUUGGAUUCAUAUGAUGGAAAUAGAAAAUUAGAUAAGAAUGAAUUGAAAGUAGGAUUGGCUGAAAAUGGAGUUUAGCUAUCAUGGAAUGAAGUUGAUGUAGAUAUAGAUAAUCAAAUAAAAUAAGAUCUUAUUCGCAGCAAUGGAUAGAGAUAGAAGUGGAACAAUUGAUUUCGAUGAAUUCUUAGUAUCUAUAAGAGUAAGAGAAAUAAACAUAAAAUUAGGGAUAACUUAAUCCAACUAGAAAGGCUAUUGUAGAUUAAGCAUUCAAAAAGUUUGAUAAAACAGGAGAUGGAAAGAUCACUAUUGAUGAUGUAAGGUAAUCAAUUUAUCAAUUAUAAAAGAGGAGUAUAUAAUACAAAGUUACAUCCAAAGGUUAAGAAUGGUUAAAUGACAGAAAAUCAAGUUCUGGAUGAAUUCUUAGUCAAUUUUGGAGAUAUUGAUAAGAAUGGACAAUUAACUUAUUAAGAAUGGCUUGAUUAUUAUGCUGCUGUAUCAGCUUCUGUAGAUAAUGAUGAGCACUUUGUUUUAUUAAUGAAAAUGGCAUGGAAAUUAUGAAACAUAUAAUAAAU